ACGCCUGCGCCGUCGAGCCCGGCGUCAUCGCCAGCGGCUGCAGCCCCUGCUCCAGCCCUUCUUGCACCCGCUGCUAUUUACGCGGCAGCUGUUAAGGGCGGCUCAAUUAAAGCCCAACUACCACUUGCAAAGGCUUUUGCUCUGGCGAUUUUAGCCGGCGUGUAUAUCAGCUUCGGCGGCUUAUUGUCCUUCACGCUUCUGAAUUUCAUGCCAGGUCUUAUGUCUUCGAAUCCCGGUCUUGCCAAGCUGCUAUCCGCCUCCGUGUUUCCAAUGGGUUUGUCGCUCAUCCUCAUCUGCGGAGCAGAGCUCUUCACGGGGAACACCGCCCUUCUUCCCGCGGCGGUUUACGAGGGUCAGGCGGCAUGGGGUGACGUACUUUCCCGCUGGCUUGUCGUAUAUGCGGGCAACCUGGUGGGCUGUCUGGGCAUGGUGGCGGCGGUGUACGGCACGGGCCUUAUGGCCGCCAACACGGUGCUACCUGCGCUAGCAGUCGCCAAGACGUCGCUGCCGCUUGGUCAAGCGCUCAUCCGUUCUGUGCUAUGUAACUGGAUGGUCUGUUUGGCCGUGUGGAUGGCCACAGCGGCAACCUCCCUACCAGGCAAGCUCAUGGGUUUGUGGCUGCCUGUGACGGCCUUCGUGACCGUGGGCCUGGAGCACUCUAUUGCCAACAUGUUCGUGAUCCCCAUGGGUAUGGCGCUGGGGGCGCCCGUCAGCAUUGCGACCUUCCUAACAGCCAACCUGAUUCCGGUAACCCUGGGCAACAUGAUUGCAGGGGCGCUGUGUACGGCAGGCAUGUACUGCCUUUGCUACGGCCGCCUGGGCGAAAAGCUAUAA